AAUGUGAUGACAAUCGAAACACGUGAGGAGAUAGAGAAACGCAAUCGAUUAGAAGUUCUAAACUUUAAUUGUUCGCUUCGACAAAAGAUGCAUUUGUCACGUGUCGAUCAUGAGCGUUAUUUGCUUG